AUGACGAUUCGGAAUGUGAGUCGCCGUCGUCUAAUUAUGGCGGAACAGGUUCCGGAUAUGAAAGCUUUUACAGCAAGCAAGGGAGCAGCCCACCGCAUGCUGCAAGCCAAAAUACGUAUCAUCCCAGCUCACGAAAGAAUACUGCUUGUAGCAAGCCAGCAUAACAGGUCCAGAGAAAUCGACAACGGCGAAACAAAGUGUCGAGUUGCAAAUACCGUUUGGAUCGUGAUGGCGAAUGUUGACCAAAACCACAAACGCCUUGAUGAUAAGUCUUCAAUAGACGAUGCGGACUUGGAAGAAAUUGACAGGUGCGUCUAUCUCGAACAGGAAGUGAACAUGCAACGUAUUCUUCAUCCGACGAUUGCACGUCGAAGGACUGCCAGUUGGCACAAAUCCCACAUAAUCGCCGUUGUCCUCAGAGUGUUGGACCAGAAGGGCCGUGCUCAUCUCUUCAAUACUGCUGUGUUGAAGACAGUGAUGCACGGAUGCAUCACUGAUGUACGAAAGCUAAUGAGCGAGUAUUGGCCUUGA